CCAAGGCCCCGUGAACGCCGCAGUCUGGGAGGAUCCCGGUGCUGUGAGCGUCGGUUGGUUCUCACUCUGAAACGCAGCAGCUUCACGGGAGCAGGAAACACGGAGCCGCUCCGCAUCUGAACGCUCGGUCCUGUAAACAAGAUGGCAGCCAUCAGGAAGAAGUUGGUGAUAGUGGGGGAUGGUGCCUGUGGUAAGACCUGUCUUCUCAUCGUCUUCAGCAAGGACCAGUUCCCAGAGGUGUACGUCCCCACUGUGUUUGAGAACUACAUCGCUGACAUUGAAGUGGAUGGCAAGCAGGUGGAGUUAGCUUUGUGGGAUACAGCAGGUCAGGAAGACUACGACCGACUGAGGCCUCUCUCCUACCCGGACACAGACGUUAUCCUCAUGUGCUUCUCCAUAGACAGCCCCGACAGUUUAGAGAACAUUCCUGAGAAAUGGACACCUGAAGUUAAACACUUUUGUCCCAACGUCCCGAUCAUCCUUGUGGGGAACAAGAAAGACCUGAGGAAUGAUGAACACACACGCCGGGAGCUGGCCAAGAUGAAACAGGAGCCGGUCAAAUCUGAAGAGGGCAGAGACAUGGCCAACCGCAUCAGUGCCUUCGGCUACCUGGAGUGCUCCGCCAAGACCAAGGAUGGCGUGCGGGAGGUGUUCGAAAUGGCCACCAGGGCGGCGCUGCAGGUUCGCAAGCGCAAGAAGAGGGGCGGCUGCCAGCUACUGUGAAGAGGAGGAGUUCGUUGGCCAAUCAGCACCUGAGGGAGCUCUCCCCGACACACACAGCAAAGUUAAUGAAACCUUAAAUCAAUGGCUUCCGUGGACUCUACUUAACAUCACAGUCACAGGCGAAUAUGAAAGACUGACACACCUGUUUAAAAGCAAAUCAGCUUUUUCUUUUGUUCAUUUUUUAAAAACAACUUCCUCCGCUACUCACCGGCUCUCAGUUUCUGUUGUGUUUGUCGUUUUCCUCCACCAGCCUGUUUGUGAGAGGGAGCUGCCUCCUCCUCCCGUAUGUAUGAAUGUAUGUUUGUAUUUAAAUGUGCAUAUACUUUACAAAUACAUCAGCCUCUGUGUAUUGAUUGUUUACAGAGAAGCGUCCUGCAGCUCACGUGUUCGCGACUCGUUCUCUCACGGCUGCAAGUAGCAGACAGUUUUAGUUUUGCUUUAAUAGGGCAAGUCCCCAACUUCUCUUGACCCUGCAUAAACCACUCUGUCACCUCCAUAUACAACAGCUUCUGUCAUGAUUCUUCAUCUUUGUGGUUCCACUAUUCCUUUUACACCCUGAAAGUCCUAUUUCACCAAGUGCUGUGUCAGCAGAUCUCGGUUUUCCCAGCUCUGAACGUAUAAGACUAAAUUUAGAGCCAGUUCACAACUGCAUUAAUCACCAACUGAGAUGUACAUGAACUGAGGAAGCAGUGAAUAUAUGUGUAGAGAGGUGUUGGGCGGCACCUUGGUCUGUCUCUAUCUUCCGUGGCGACAGCUUAAACUGGCACUGGAGACAUUGGUGCAUUGUCAUGGACACAAUACUCACAGUCACGCUCUCGCUUGCCCGGACAGACACGACACCCAAACAGUCUCUGCAUCGUGGUUUAAGAUCCCGAACACAGUCAUGAUGCAUCACUGUGUUCUGGAGGGCUUGCACACUGCAAACACAAUACAAAUCUGAAUAAUGACAGCUUAUAAAUCUUUUCUGUGCACAAAAAUUAUGGUGGAAAAAUCCUUUUAUUUAACACUACAGAAAUAUUCCUCAAAAUGAGAUUGGACAAACAAAGUUAUACACAUUUGCAGCAGGCAACAUGUUCCCCUUGUUUGCCCUUAAAGAUCAUUAAACCAUUAAUAGCACAGAGUGUAUAUUUGGGCUUUAAGUUGAAAUUUGAAAUCAAAGUUUGAUACUUAACAAACAAAUCCUUGAUUUGAACAGGAAAUUGCAACUGAAUUGAGAUGAAAGUGAGCACCAAGUAAGUCAGUGACUAAAAGUGCAUUUAAAGGUAACCGACAUAAUCAUUUAAACCACCAUCUCAAUACAGGCAGCCCUGUGAUGCAGUUAGAAUGAACCUGUACGACACAUUGUUUUCACUGUUCUCCUUUUCCACAUCUCUUCCGGCCCAGAAAAGACCCUGAACAGGCAUCAGGAGCUACAGCUACGAUGCAGCUUUCUUUUUCCAGUUCUUUCAGAUCCAUAGUUGCAGGCUCAGGCUAAUUCCUGGACAGUGCCUCUGUGUCUACGGUCAAACGCCACAGUUCAAGAGAGAAUGUAGAUUGAGAUGCCACUUCACUAACACGAGUGGGAUGUGUUGAAUGACUGGAUGAGACAAACAUGUUAAUAAAGUAUUUUUGAAAUACUAUGUAAACUUUA